AAACGUGUUUCCGGUAAAAGCCGUCUGCUGUUUAUAAAACUAGUUCUUGAAGUUCCUUGGCUCAGAUGCAUGAUGGAUUCACAGUCUGACAUUUCUAGCAACCCGUUUGCAGCUCUUUUUCCCAGUCUUGACCUUGCAAAAGAGUAUAGUCAAACACAAUCAACAAGUGGUAAGCUUCCAACAGCUGAGAAAAUAGAAGAGCCAUCAAGUCUUGUGAGAGAGGAAGCAGAGCUGAAUGCACUUGUGGAAAAAAUAUUUCUGAUUACACUUGACCCAGACCUUAGAAAAGAUCUUAAUAGACCAGCCCACUGCAUUUAUCUGGCUGACUUGGCCAAAGUUUUGGGUGAUCGUGUGAUCAUUAGCCAAGAAAAGCUUGGUCAUGUAGUUUUUGAAAGGAUAAUGCUAGAAGAUCCAUCAGCAGCAUUGAAAGCCACUCGUCCUUGCAAACAUGAUGCAAGUGCUGCUGAUGCGACAGAAGCCAACGCCUUGCUCUACUUGUCUGCAUGCUUCAAGCGAUGCCAGCAGCAACAGAACUUCUUAAAGAAUUCGGGACUGAUGGGACAGUAUGCCUUUGCAGUUCAGUGCGAGGCAUCAGUUAUCAUGAAUGCCAAGAUGUGCCUUCAGCAGCCAUUUUUACUUCCUUCACAGUCAUUUUCUGAUCAGUUCUUGGAGAUUCUGAAAGAAGACUUGGUCAGGGGUGGUUCAGGAAGUGGUGUUCAGUUUCUUCAGACAGUCUGUGAAGAGAUUCACAACAAUCCAGAAGAUAUCACACUGCAAGCUGUGUUGGAAGGUGUCCUAAACAAACUUUUACAGCAAUUCCGAAAGUUUACUCUUGUUCAUGCUGAAGUUGGUGCUCACAUCUGUCUUUUGGAAUUCUUCGCAAGAAAUCCGAUCCUGGCUGAGGUUUUCAUGAAUUACAACACACCUCAAAAUACAAACAAUGGGCGGGCUUAUGAGUCUUCACUGCUAGGCUCUAUCUUGUCUCUGAGCUGCAUACCCAAGAAUGAGACUGGCCCUUAUGAGUUCUUCACCAGCCCUUCUUCCCAGUCCAAGAGGGAGCAUGACAUUACAGAGUCUAAUUUGUGGCUGCCAUUAUCAGUAGUGUGUGAUGGAGUCUACAACCUGCUUUUCUCUAUCAUCAAAUUAUCCCCAGAUCUACGUAAUAGAGUCUUGUCUUGGCUUGGAAACUGUUUGCAUGCAAAUGCAGGACGCACAAAGCUAUGGUCCAGCAUGCCGCAGCUCUUCAGCCAAGCAUACUGCAGCGAAGGAUUUGCUCUCAACCUAUGCUAUGUCAUGCUUCGUUUGUCACAGCCCUUUGCUAAACCUCUUUCACCUAAACUUAUGAAGAUACAGCCUAGCUACACUGCUGUAGUUGUUGCUGAUGAAGAUGAAGCCAACUCCAUGGGUGUCCAUGCUAAAGGUUUAAAAGAAGAAACUCGACUGGUUACCACUGAAGAUAUGGAACCUCUGCCAACUCAAGCCCCCUACAACUUUGUGACUGAAUGUUUCUUCUUGACACAUCAAGCAUUACGAGUAGGGUUUCAUGCAGUCCAUGAGAAAUUAGUCAAACUCAACCAGGAUCUCCACAGAGUCCAGCGUCUUUAUCAAGAGGUCAGGGCUCAGGCAGGUUCUGACCAGGAUGAUCUUGUUCAAAGCAUCAAAGUGCAAAUGGAGAAGGGUAUGACCUUGUUUCUGAGCAUGAAAGCAGCAUUGUCCCAAACACAACUUCUGGAAAUGAGCUUGCAUUUUCACCUGGCCACGUCCUCAUGGCUGUGCCAGUUGGGAACCCAUCCUCUUGAUAACAAGUUCCAGUCUGUUACCUUUCCUUUGCCCCAGAAAACCAUGCCAGCCAUUACUUACAUUCCAGAAUAUGUAAUUGGCAAUGUGACAGAUUUUGUUCUCUUUAUGCAUCAGUUCAAGGAUGAUAUGUUUGAUGUUGCUGGGGAGGAGAGUGACCAUUUCAUGACAUUGGUGUUAGUUUUCAUGGGAAGCCCACAGCGCUUGAAAAAUCCUCAUCUCCGAGCAGAGUUAGCUGAUAUGUUAGCUGCACUCAUUCCUCCACGUGAUGAUUCACGGGGCAUUUUUGCAAAGUUUGCCAGGGAACAGGUGUUCCAAAGACACCCACUUAUUUCACACCUGGCAGAGACAUUACUUCAUGUGUUUGUGAGCAUAGAGAUGACUGGACAAAGCGUACAAUUUGAGCAAAAGUUCAACUACCGACGGCCCAUGUAUCUAGUCCUUGAUUACAUCUGGGAACAAGAAAUUCAUCAAAAGGCUAUCCAGGAUCUGGCAGCAUAUGCUGAAGAGCACAUUGAAGACACUAAUGCACCUCUUUUUCUUCGCUUCAUUAAUCUUCUGGUGAAUGAUGCUACAUUUCUCCUGGAUGAAGCAUUGUCUCACAUGAGCCAAAUUAAGGUCAAGCAGCAGGAAAAAGAGUCUGGAGCAUGGAAUGGAAUGACACCUCAGCAGAAACAGGAACAGGAAGGGUUACUUCGGCAGCUGGGCAUGCUGGCUCGCUACCACAAUGUUAUGGCCAACCACACAAUCCAUGCCCUGCAGCUUUUGACAACUCGCAUCACCUCAAUUUUCUGCCAUCCUACAUUUGUGGACCGCAUCGCUGCUAUGUUAAACUAUUUUCUGUGCUGCUUGGUUGGGCCCAAACAACGAGAAUUCUCUGUGAAGGACAGAGAAGACUUUGAGUUCAAGCCUCAGGUAAUUUUGCUGGAGAUUGUUCAGAUUUAUCUCAAUCUGGAGAAAGAUGAUACAUUUUGUGUAGCAGUACUCAGUGAUGAGCGCUCAUUUACACCAAAGUUGUUGCACCAAGCUGCCAAGAUACUGCAGAAGGUCGCCCAAUCACCACAGAUGGUCUCUGAUUUUUCAGCAUUUGAGGACAGGAUUAAGGAUCUGGAGGAGCAGCGUCGAGAGGAAGAGGAGCAGCUAGCAGAUGCUCCUGACGAGUUUCUUGAUCCUAUCCUGGGCACACUUAUGACUGAUCCAGUCAGACUGCCCUCUUCCAGUACCAUUGUUGACCGCAAAGUCAUUGCUCGUCAUAUUUUAAGUGAUCAGAGUGAUCCUUUUAAUCGCAUGCCCCUGACCAUGGACAUGGUGAUACCAGAACCAGAGCUUAAAGCAAGAAUCCAAAAGUGGAUCAAAGAGCGGAAGUCCAGAACAGAGGAUUGUUAGCAGGGAAUCUUUUGCACUUUUUUUUUAAGCCAAGUUCUGUGAUAAAAGUAUUUAAUGGACUGAAAUACACUUAUUAAAGACUGAAAGCUGCUACUCCAGCUGCUGCUUAUUCAAUAGCCAUGUCUACUAUAGUUUUUUCUUCUCUUCUACCAUCAGGGAUUAUGGAGAACUGUUUUAUUGUUCUCAGAAUACUGUGGUAUUGGCAUAGGCUUCAAAUAAUAAAAAAAUAACUGCGUGCAAUUUGGCUUAUACAGUAUUCAAGUGUCGUGCACAACUGUUUACCUCUAUAGAUAUCAUCUUUGUACAUAAAUGCAUGUAAUCACAUGCAGAUUAAAGUUUGUUUCAGGUAUCUGUUGGAUCUUUGAAGCUAGCUAGUUCAACAACCUUCAGACAAAAAUAAAUACAGUAAAUUUCGUACUGUAAGCCGCAACUUUUUUCCCUAGCUUUAAACUCUGCAGUUUAAACAGCAGUACAGCUUAUUUGUGGAUUUUUCCAAUUUCAAUUAAGUUUUAGAUGAGCUCCUCAUUUGCUGAAGCACUCUCCCUCAUCAUGCUGAAAAUGAGAUGAAAUGAUUAUGAUGCAGCUUAUAAAUCAGUGCAGCAUAUUUGUGAAACAAAAAGAUAUUUUUCUUAAAUUUAGUGGAUGCAGCUUCUAUACAAGCGUGCUCAAUAGACUGAAAUUUACAGUAAACAAAAUUUCUAUCUCUGGUUAUCCCCUACCAGUUGAAUGUUCCAUUCUCAGUUUCAGUCUGUUGGCCCUGUAUUUACUGGCUUAACUGGUUGUUGAAUUCAAGAGCCAUGCUGCUAAUACAGUCUUGAUUACUGCUUGUCCUCUUACCAGUUGUGAAAUUUAAAAAUUGGGGCUGCCUCGUCCUAGAUGGUGAUGGUGUGCAUUGCAUUGCCUAUUUUGUUGUUUCAUGCACACCUCUGAAAGUGGUCUUGACUAAGGCCAUCAGUCCUGUCUUAUGGCUAUAUUGCUAGAUCUUAGUGUCCUUACUGUGUAACAUUUGUGCAGUUGUGCAAGAGGAUGUAAAACAUUGGGCUCCAGGACUGUUCAACCAUAUAUUUAUGCAUUGCCAUCAUGUCACCAGCUUAUGGGGUGUUAUGUCAUCUGCGCUUACAUGAGAGAGCAUGUAAUUAGGAAUUAUCAACAUUCAGUCCUGCUGGGUUUAAUAUUUAUUAGAUUGUGGAUGUAGAUGAUUGCCACGUCAUGUCAUGUAAGAAAGAGUCUCAUUGAAUUUUCGGUUGUUUCCUCAUGUGUAGCAAUAACAGCAGCAACACCAUGCCUAUGCAUACCUAAACACACACCUUUCUCUGUAGCAGAAUAACAGAAUAGUACAGACGUGCAUUUCAUGUAAAGAACAACAUAUAGAAAGGCAAAAGAACACUCAUUAUUUAAUAUUCAGUAUUGUACAUACACCAGAAAUACGUGUCAAAAUAUUUGCUUUUAUACAUGUCUAUACACUACACAAUUUUACGCCGACGAGCAGUAGUUGUUUAAUUUCAUAUUAUUUGUGCAUGUGCAUCUAUCAAUACCCCAACAGGUCUGUUACACUUGUUGCUGAAAGACUCUUUUUCAUUGAGAGUAUGAACUUAUAAGUUGUUUAUAAUCCGGAAUUAUAUCGGUGAUGUUUUCUUCAUAGGAUGUUUAUUUUAGUAGACAAGAAGGAGAGGGUCAGUGAUUCCAGUACCAUUAUUUGCUGAGAUGCACACAUCUUAGGUUUAGAAAUCGGCAGUUUUGCCUGGCAAGAUGCAUGAUAAAUUCCAGUUAAUUAUUCUUAUUCAUUUAAUAUUGUGGGUUUUUUUUUCCAGAGGAUUGUGUUGGUGGGGCAAAGGGUAUUGAUUAUAGUAGUUAGGCUGGACAGACUGAAAAAAAGAACUCUACAAUCUCUACAAUCUUCUUUCAUUGAAGAACCCAAAAUGUAUGUAAACAAUAUUAUACAUAAUCAGACAUUUAAAACGACAAAAAGUUUUUGUUUUUAAAUCUCAGAGAUAUCAGCUUUUGUUAAAAACUAUUAAUACAAUCUACUAAUUACUUGAUAAUUGUUGUUUGCAAAAAAAAGUUGCAAAAAUGUUUGAAUGUGUGUGAAAUAAAGAGUGAAUAAUU